CGUGUGGUUGGGACCCCCGUCAGACAGGCAGUGCUGGGGCGGGGAUGGAUGGAUGGGGUGGGUUGGGGCCGGCGAGGAGCGGCGCGGUGGCGGUGAUGAUUGGCUAACACGAAACAUAACUUCAAUCAAGUCAAACUUGAGCACAUAGACAGAGCAAAAGGAACAGAGUGCAGAAUGGACUUCUAGAUUUACAGACAGGUGGAUUGUUGCGAGUGGGUGGUUUGUGAAGUCGAGAGAUGGAUGGACAUCAGAAUGCCGUGCUUGUUAAAAUCAGUGAAGACAAACGUAUUUCAAAGUCUGAACUGCUAAUCAUCAAAGGACUACCUGGCAUUGGGUCUUACAGCAACCCGAUAGUGCGAUCGCUUGAAACACUAUACCUCGACAUUGAGUUCCGCUACAGGUUUGUACCAGGGUUCACAGAGCAUGGUGCAACACAGUCCGUGUACCAGCUUCACAGGAUGGUGCCACAACACAGGCUUGACCUAACCAGCGUGAACAGGUGGUGCACAGCACAGUGCUCCGAUGAUGCAGAGCUGAUCAUCGAGGGGCUGCUCAACAUUUCCUGGGGCCUCAGGAGACCAAUACGCCUCCAGAUGCAGGAUGAUAAUGAACGCAUACACUUCUCAGCAUCCAAACUCCUCCGACUGGAACAAGAGACCAACUCUCACAGGAAAGGAACGAUGUCACGGAUGUUGACAAAUACCUAUUUAUCGGAAGUUGACUACGAGUCGACCAAUAGAGGUGAACUUCCACAAGACGUGGACACUCACGGCACCUCAGUGUCAACCAGCACCACUUGUGAUGAUGAAGUCCCCCAGCUGAUGCGAACGAUGAGCGAUGCCAGUUGUUUGAUUCAGCGCAGAAGCAAGAACCACACGGCGGGAGAUAGCCAGCGCAUCAGACGUCAUCGUUUCUCCAUCAACGGUCACUUCUACAAUCACAAGACGUCAGUGUUCACACCGGCGUACGGCUCAGUCACUAACGUGCGAGUGAGCAGCAACAUGAACACUGCGCAAGUACUAACCCUGUUGCUCAACAAGUUCAUGGUGGAGAAUGUUCCAGAUGAAUUUGCACUCUACGUUGUCCAUGAAAGUGGAGAGAGAACAAAGCUAAAAGAUUCAGAAUACCCACUGAUAUCACGAAUCUUGCACGGGCCCUGUGAGAAAAUAGCCCGGAUAUUCUUGAUGGAGAAAGAUCUCGGGGAAGAGGUCACGUAUGAUGUGGCCCAGUACAUUAAGUUUGAAAUGCCAGUCCUCGACAGCUUUGUGGAGAAACUGAAGGAAGAGGAAGAGAGGGAAAUUAACAAACUUACAGUCAAGUACAGUGCACUGAGGUCCAUGAUACACCAGCAACUGGAAGAUAUCACAGAUGCAGAAGACUGCAUCUGAACAAACUCUAUGUUUUAACACUGGAACUAGUUUGCUGGAGUUCUCAACAAUAAACUUCACUGGAUAAAUGUUCAAUUUGUUUAAAAUGAUUGUGCCCUUUUAAUGUAACUUUUGUCAAAAUGUGACCUCUUUGGUGUUGCAAUGAGAACCCCUUUUCUAGUAAAUGUUCUUUGAAUUAGCAUUUAAUAAUGCGUUACUCUUCAGAAAACUUUUAUACGUUUAUACUUUAAGCUUUACUUAAUUUACUAGAAAUAUUUUUUAAUGUAUUAAAUUGAAACUUGACCAAAGUAAA